AUGAACCCAUUACAAGUACGUGCUGGCCCUCGACCAGCUCCAGCAGAUGUUUUCUUCAGGCUUCUUUCAAACACCCCCCUAUCCCGUCAAUCUAGUAAUAAGGCAUUUUACGCCACCAAAUCUGUGUACGAUGUGGUAACGCGCCACAGAACGCCAAGUGAAAAGUGCCCUCAUCACAGGACCUCACUUGACGUUCAGAAGGGUCGACCCCUUGCACGCAGGUCCAGACACUGUUCUUAUUCCAAUAAACUAGCCUCAUUCUACAGCACAGAAGCGUGCGCCGCAAGGCAACCAAUUAUCCACGAUGUAUUCGAAACUGGAACCGGUACAUGGCAGUACAUUGUGGCGGAUCCUACCACGCUUGACGCAGUCAUAAUUGACCCAGUUCUUGAUUUUGAUCGGGAGACUCAGACCAUCAAAACAGUCUCCGCCGACGGGUUGCUUCAUUUAAUCAAAGAAAAAGGCUACAGAAUUGUCCGAAUCCUCGAGACCCACGCUCAUGCUGACCAUAUCACUGCCGCGUCAUACCUUCAACGGUAUUUGACAUCGAAAGUAGGUUACAGACCUACCGUUGGGAUUGGAAAACGCAUCGGGCAGGUUCAGAAGUGUUUUAGCCCAAGGUAUGAAGUUCCUGUGGAUGAGUAUGAAGGCGUCUUCGACAAUUUCUUCGAAGACGACGAAAGUUUUAGCAUUGGUCAUCUCCAAGCUACUGCCAUCCAUCUGCCCGGACACACUCCUGAUCACCUGGGCUACAAAAUUGGAGACAACGUUUUCUGCGGGGAUUCCCUCUUCCACGUGGACAUUGGCACUGCACGGUGCGACUUUCCUGGCGGCAGCGCCAGCAAGCUUUACCACUCAGGCCGCAAGCUCUUGAGCCUACCUGACCACGUUAAAAUUUGGACCGGCCAUGACUAUCCACCAAAGAGCCGAGAUAGGCCUGUGUCAUGGAUGACAGUCCGGGACCACAAGACGCAAAAUACGCAUCUGAGAGAUGGCACCACGGAGCAACAGUUCGUGGCCCAGCGCAAAGAGCGAGAUGCAAACCUUGGCGAGCCAAAGUUACUUCAUCAGUCAUUACAGAUGAACAUUCGAGCGGGACAACUCCCCAAGCCAAGUACAUCAGGGCAUAGAAUGCUACGAUUACCACUAAAACUCGGAGAAUUGCAGUGGUGA